CACAUCUCAGCUCUUUCACACACAAUCAAAGACACGGAGGAGAUGAUGAAAACCAAUGACGUCUGCUUUCUAAAGGAGUUUCCGGUCACGAUGGAAAGAGUCCAGAUCUCAUCACAGCCGGAUCCACAGACGCCUUCUGGAGCUUUGAUUCAUGUUCCACGAUACUUGGGCAACCUGGCCUUCAGAGUCUGGAAGAAGAUGCAGGACAUUGUCCAAAACAGUGAGUCUGGAGAAGAUCUGUGCUCUUACACAUACACUGGAGAUGAUGCAUGAGGGAAUAUUUACA